CUGCGCGGCCGCGUGUGGGAGCGGUCAAGAUGGCGGCGGCCUGAGGGCGCUGAUGGCGGGGCUGGCACGGCGCCUCCUCUGCCGGGGCGCCCCGGCGGUGCCGCCGGGCACCCGCCAGCUGCGGCAGCCCGAGGAGGCCGCCCCGGUGUUCCAGUACGCGGGGAAGGCGGCCAAGCGCAAGGAUCGCGUGUUCGUGUGGGGUUUCAGCUACUCGGGCGCCCUGGGCAUCCCCAGCUUCGUGAAGCCGGACGCGGGCUGGAAGAAGCCGCGGCGCAUCCAGAGCACGCCGUACCGCCUGGAGACGGAGGAGAAGAUAUCCUCUGCUGCCUGUGGUUAUGGAUUCACACUGCUGGCUUCUAAUACCAGAGACAUCACCAAAGUGUGGGGCAUGGGGCUCAACAAGGAUUCCCAGCUUGGAUUUCAGAGAAGCAGAAGAGAUCAAACUAAGGGCUAUGAAUAUGUCUUGGAACCAUCUCCAAUUCCAUUACCACUGGAGAAACCACAGCAAACUCGAGUCUUGCAAGUGUCCUGUGGGAGAGCCCAUUCCCUGGUCCUGACAGAUAGUGAAGGAGUUUUCACAAUGGGAAACAAUUCUUAUGGACAGUGUGGCCGGAAGGUUGUUGAAGAUGAAAUUUACAGUGGAAGCCAUCUCAUUCAUCAGCUGAAGGAAUUUGACAGCAGAGUUGUCCAGGUGGUGUGUGGGCAGGACCACAGUCUGUUUAGAACCAAGAAAGGUACAGUCUAUGCAUGUGGAUGGGGAGCUGAUGGACAAACAGGUCUUGGACACUAUAACAUCACCAGUGUUCCUACUAAGCUGCAUGGUGACAUUGCUGGAGUAAACAUUAUCCAGGUCUCUUCCUAUGGGGACUGUUGUCUGGCUGUUUCAGAUGAAGGAGAUGUCUUUGGUUGGGGAAAUUCAGAGUACUUGCAGUUGGCUUCUGUCACAGAAACCACACAGGUGAAUGUUCCCAGGCAUUUGCCAUUCAAGAUUGGGAAGGUAAAGGAGGCUGCCUGUGGAGGGACUGGCAAUGUUGUGCUGACAGAAGAAGGAAAUGUUUUUGUCUGGGGAUAUGGAAUUCUUGGGAAAGGACCAAACCUAAUAGAGACAGCAGUGCCAGAGAUGAUCCCACCCAGCCUUUUUGGCUGGUCAGACUUCAAUCCAGACACCCGUGUUGCUCAUGUUCGCUGUGGACUCAGCCAAUUUGCAGCACUUACAAACAGAGGAGAACUGUUUGUGUGGGGGAAGAAUCUAAGAGGGUGCCUGGGAACUGGAAGAAUGGAAGACCAGUAUUUCCCAUGGAGAGUAAGGAUGGUGGUAUUAAGGCCAAGAGUAUAUUCUUUGGCUAGUUUUUGUUAUCCUGAGGGCAAAGAUUAUAAUUUGCUGUGUAGUUUUGUUGAGUAAUUCUGAAAGGAGUGGAAGGCUAAGAUGAUGUAGAAUGCUUUGUUUUCCAGAGGUCCUUGUGGAGCCUGGGAAUGGAGGUAUUCAGUAAACAUUUUAGUCUGCUAUGCCAGUAAUGAUUUUGAAUCCUGAAACAUCUGGUGCUGUGCCACCACAUCUGAACAGUUUUUAUCUUCCUGCCCAUAACAUCUGCUUGCUACCCUUCCUGCCUCUUCCUUUCCCUUCUAACCUGCUCUUCUCUUUGUAUGUGCUGCAAAGAAAACCAUCAGUAUUGGUCAUCUGUCCAAAUCAUUACUCACCUAAAUUAGGUAAACGUUUUGGUUUGUAGUGGCUACAGGUCCACAUAGUGGUGGGCUUCCUUCCCAUCUGUGGUGGUGGGUCAGUGGGCUGACUGUCAAGUUAUCCAGGAGGUCCUUACUCAGCUGUCUCACAGUGCUUCCAGUUCCACUGCUUCCUCCCAGAUGGCUCUGGGAGCCAGACUCAGUGGAUGUAGAAGUGUCUUUGGUUCUGGAGUUCAGCAUUCAGCCUAACAGAUGCUCCUGGUCUCCAGGAAGGCCAAGUAGGAGAUGAGGGAGGCAAUCAGUUGGACCACCCUGGAGUGUCUGUCUGAACUUGCAGUAAAUGUGUUUCUGUAGUAUGCUUUCUUCUUUGUUUAAAAAUGAACAAAACCAGACCAGCUCUGGAACAUUUGCCUAAAAUCACACUGCUAUGGCUGGGUGGAAUUUCUGAAUUCAUUUCCCCAAAUGUAGGCAUUGGGGGUUAUGCUCUUUCAGACAGCCAGCUCCUGUCUGACAGUACUGUGCCAAUGUGCCAGGAUCCUUGUCUGUGACCUCCUGCCCUAGAAAUAGCUGCUGUCCUCUCUCUUGGCUCUGAGGAAAAACUUGCUUUUUUAGACUCUGCUUUCCUCAAGUUUGAAGUCAGUUUUAAGUGAAUAAGCUUCAGGAGUUAGGAACUGGUCUCUUAGCAUCAAAGCACAAACUGCCGUAGGCUGAGUUGAGCCUUUGCCUUGUUCCAGUUCUUGCUGAUGAAAAAAGAGGCAAAUCCCUGUGGUGCUUGGGCAGAUCCUCUUCCUGAUGUCCUAGGUUAUGCUCUGUUCACUUGUGCUGCUUCUACUGCUGAACAGAUGGGCUGAGGCUCCAAUCUCCUCACUGUCUGCUGGUGAGCCUGCUCUUCUUUUUCCUUCCAAAGCUUUAUGUGCUUCUGUGAAGGAAAGAGAGGAGUAUUUCACAGCUCAGUGCACAAGCCUGCUUGGUGCUGAAUCUUGCUCUUUCUGUGUUUUUUAGUUGGCACUUGCAUUGGUACAAAUCCCUGUGAAAUUAGUGGCAUGUUGAGUGGAAGGAGGAUGAGGAAUAGGAACUGCCAGGUGUGAAGUAUGAGCUUGAUAAACAACCUGCUCUCCUGUGUUUCAUCCAGGUGACUGUACCCGGUGAGGUGGUGGAUGUGGCCUGUGGAGUUGAUCAUAUGGUCAGCAUGGUCAGGUCUUUCACCUAAGGAUGCUGCUGGGUCUCAGCACUGUACCAGGGCAAUGCAGGGACUUGGUGACAAGCUUCUUGGGAAGGAAAACUCAUUUUAUGAAACCAAGGGACUGUGAGCAGAGACAGCCACAGCAGUGUCUGGGUGCUUUAUCGUCCCUGCAUCACUGGAAUGCUCUGCCUGGCUGCAGGAAGGAAGCACGUGCCCUGAGGAGUGUGGAAAUGCAGGGAGUGCUCUGGCUCCUGCGUGAUGAGCUCCCAGAGGAUCUGAGGCCCCACCCAAGCUGGUGAGCCCCUCUGUGCCUGAAGAUGAAGAGCAUCUCCCUUAAGGAAGACUGUUAUGGGAUGAAAUCUACAGCACAGAACAUUGAUACAUGGACAUUUCCUGUCACCAGCUCUGGAGUGUCAGCGUUGGGCAGAGCCAGACUAUUUCUCAAGGGAAAAUUUGGGUGGUUUUUAAUUACUAUUAUGUGGAAGAGUGGUCAUGCUAGGUCUAGAAGCCCAGCAUGACUGUCCUGCAUGGCCACCCUCAGCUGCACUGUGCCCAGGCUGUUGUCCUGUGCAGAAACUGGAUGCACAGCCCUUGCUUGGAGGCAGUGAUGUGUCUCUGGGCUGUUGAUGGCUUUCUAUGUUAGUGCUAAAGACUGAACACCAAAGGAACACAUUCAAAGAGUGUUGGCAGGGGUAAGUACUAUUAAAUAAGACAGCAGGCUCUCUGUGCUGCAGGAGGACAGAUGGAUGGUGACAGAAGCCAGUCUAGCUUAUUGAGGGAGGCUGGAAACAAAGCCCUGCAAAAUCCUGCUCAGGCAUGGAUGUGAGCAGUGCUCACUACCCCUCAGGUACCUUUGUCUCCUUGUGCUGAUCACACAUCACUGCCUUUGAUUUUUUUUUUUUAAAUUCCCCACACCCUUUCUGUUUUCAGAGGUAUGGCUCUCAGUUGCAAUUAGCUGGGGAUUUCAGGAUUGCCUAGCAGGGGAAGGAGUCUUAAUGGGUAAGCAGCAGAAUUUCAUUCCUUGGUACCUUCUUAGCAGUAAGCUGGUAGAGAUGGGAUGCAGUAGCUGUGAGUAUCUGUAGCAGGCACUUACCCAAUCUCACACCCAAGUGUGGGGAAACUGUCUCCUGUGAAACACUCCAAACAUCAGGCAGAGUUGUGUCUUUUCUCUCUGUGUGGGAUACUUCUAGUGUGCAAACUGUUUUGGUGGAAUCCAAGCUAGUAGGUUUUCAAUAAACUGAUUAUAAAAUCUUUAUCAGUAGUAAUAGGAAUAUUCUUGAGCAUGAUUUGCUCAUGCAUUGAUUGGAUCUGCAUUUGAAGUGCAGCAUUUUGGUUCACAGUUAUGUGACAGGAAACCACUUCUGUCAUACCUGCAGGACUGAUAGUGCUGCAGUCAGGCAUUGCAUCCAUGGCCCCAUGAGACACCACCAUGGUGGCUUCAUUAGAUUAAAUUCUGUAUCAAAACUCAAUGUGUAAACUUUACCUUGAUUAAAUAAGUUUUGAAGGGUUUGCAUAACAUAUAGGAAAGUUGAACCAAAGUACAUGGAGAUAGAGACACCUCUCUUGAGUAGUAGUUUCUGUGUAACAGGUAUUGCUGGGUGGGUGAGGCAGAACAGAAAGCUGCUGUGAAACUGGCAGACUUCACUACUCUGAGCUCCCAUUUGGUUGGCUUUAAUUUACACCUGAUUCUACAUGCAACUUGGGCCACUUGCAGUGCCCAAGCCUGUCUUGUUGGCCUUAUGGGAUAGGUUUGCCCUUUCAACUUGAGGAGGCUUAUUAAACAUGGGAAACACAUAAAAAAACUGGUGAGAAAGGUGUUCCAAACAGUUCUCCAUGGAUGUUGCUGUUGAGGUGGGCUGGUUAGUGCCCGGCUCUCAGCUGCUCCCAUUCCCAGCUGCUUCCCAAUGCGCCUUGGGCCUGCUGAAGAGCUGGGUUGAGUCCUUGUGUUGCAUUCUUGCUGUACAAUAAAUUGCAAAUUCUGUGUUACUGAGAUGCCAGUGAGGUCCUCAGCCCUUAGUAGGAGUGUUGUAUGGCUUAAUGCAGUGAUGUUUGUGCCUCCACUGUAGUGGUUGUGGGCAUUCUCAGACGUGCUGCUUGUGGGAGCAAGGUUAAUGGCAGUGAGGGCAGCAGGCACCAGCACUUACCCGUGGUUUGGUUACAGUGUGGCUGGAGAAUUUGACUUUAGCCAGGUGACCUCAACCUGCUGUCAUCCCUCCCCCAUCAACAGGACAGGGAGAGAGAAUCUGGAGGAAAACAUACGGGUUGGAACAAGAACAGUGACCUGUUACCAUCGUGGGCACAGCAAACUCAGGCUGGGGAGAUUAUUUUAUUGCCAAUGAAAUAGAGCAGGGUAAUGAGGAAUUAGUAUGUUUAAAUAGAAGUCUAACAGUGCCUUUGCCAUACAUCUCCCUUCUUCCCAGGCUCAGCCCUGCUCCUGACUUUACUACUUCUUCAUCUCCUCUACUGACCCUUGUAUUUACAUGGUUGUCUGUCUCAGAUUUUUACUCCUUUCUUUUGGCUGCUGCUGUGCAGCAGUUUUUCUCCUUUCUAAAAUACAGUUCUUUGAGAGCUGCUGUUGCUGAUGGCUCAGUGUUAGCUCAGAAAAUGAAAAUACCCUCUUCCCUGCCACACCCCUUUGUCUGUUGAGGGCAGAUCCAACCUGUGUGGCUCAUGCUCCUCCUGCAGGAUCAGGGCCACACAGGAGCCCAGCUGUGCUGGGGUAGCUUCAGGUCACUGCCACUGUGAACUGCAAAGCAACUUUGCCUCAUUUUGUCCUUCAAAGUAUGGCAAAGUAGACAGCCCAAAAUAUACCAGCAUCCUAAAUAUACCUGCAGUGAGGGAGUGUAUGGGCCAAGGAGGCACAUGGGGAGCAGCUCAAAUUAGAACUAGAAUAACCUACUUGAAUUGGCAUUGAUGACACAAGUGAUUUGCCCUCAGAUCAGCACUGUGCUGGCGUGUUUGGCUUAAAAUAGCCCAGAAGGGCUUUGGGAUGGUCCCCUGGUGCAGAGCCCUGUGCAGGAACAGCUCCAAGCACUGCAGUGGCCCAGCAGGGUUGCCACAGCAGCUGAGGACUGCAGGAGCUGCAGGAAGGAUGGGGGAGAGAUUCAGGUCCAAGUGUACCUGCACAAGCUCAGGCCUGCACACCCCACCAUCCCAAGGGGUCCUGGCAAAUCCCUGCUGGGGAGCUGAAUCCAGCUGGGCUGCAGCCCCCACACAGCAAAGCUGUCUCAUCUGUCAGCAGACUGCCCCACUGGGAGUAAAACAUCAACACCUGUAAGACAGAGAUUAUCUUAGGCACUUGCUGUGUUACAGCAGACUUUUCUCUACAGGAUCCUUCAAAAACAGAUGAGUCAGAGAGCUAAUAAUUAGCCUUAGGCAUUCAGAAUACUCCUGGAACAGUAUUACUUCACUGUGCUUCAUCAUAACUCAUAAAAAUACAUUUUUGUAACAUUUUUUGCAAGGGGCAGGAAUCUCCCCCAUCUCCCUCCAGUGUCCCAGCACCUCCUGCUCAAAGGGGUGAGCCUGGGCAGGUGAGGUAAGAAAAACACUGAUAGGAGAAGGCAUCAGUGUCUUUGGGGUCUGGACACCAGUCCUCAGUCCUGUCAUUUAACCAUAGAUGCCAUUUGCUUCUGUGGGUAGUUGCAGGCAGUGUUAAAGGUUGUGUGGCAGUGUCUGUGCUUACUCAUUUGGGUUUUUGUUUUACUGGAUUAAACCCUUGAGGCAAUGCUCUGCAUUAAGGCUGCAUUCCAUAUUAACACUCCCUCAGUUAAUUUCUUACAUGAAUGUUUUAACACUUGAUUAUAAGAGUAAACAAUGGAUUACACUAUACUAAAAAGGAGAUGCUUUUCUUGCCUACAGUUUAUGUAGAUGAGCUGCUUCCCUUUAAAUGGUUAAAACUGUAAUAGGGUGAUGAUAUGUCUGAUUUCACUGUUUUUCUUGCACACUUCACACAGGUUAUUCAGCUUUUUCUUGCAGACCAUGUGACAAUGGUGCUGUGCACCACGCUGCUGUCUGAGACUCAGGACCCACAGUGCCUGCCCUAGAAUAGUCCAUGAGGAGGCUGAGUUUGUUCCCCUGCCUCUGCUGGGGUGCAGGGCUCUGGGGGUGUCCUGCCAGCAUCUCUGGGGGGCUGCCCAGACUCCUGGGCACUCUGCAGUGAGCAGGUAAAACUGCAUCUGGCAAAUACACUAGCAGCAUCUCACUGACCUCUUAUUUGCAAAGAAGAGGAUAGGGCAGGUUUGGUGGCUUCCAGAGAACAGCUGGAGGAUGGAGAUGGUGGUGGGUUUCAUUUUUAGGGGUACAGUACACCCAGAGACAGGACCUGGCCACCAGAAAGACUUAGGGAUGUCUGGUGCCCUUCCUAAACUCCGUGUGUGUGAGUGACACCUAACAUGGCUGUAGGUGAAAUAAAUAAGUUACAUCUUGCA